AGCUGACCUUUCAGACGGCAAUCGCUGUAUGAAAAACAGGCGGGUUAGAAGAGUGGGGGUAGAAAGAAAAGAGAAGCUGAGGGAGGACCUCUGCCUCACCUGUCCUCCUUGCAACAUGGACUGGUUUCAUUGCAAUCAGUGCUUUAUCCAGGACACAUCUGACUAUUAUGUCACCAGCUGUGGACACAUAUUUUGCAAAAAAUGUGCUGGUACAGAUAAAUGCCCAUCAUGUGGAACCAGCUGCAAAUAUUUGUUUCUCAAUAAUAAUAUGAAAGAAGAUGAAAAAAAGUUUUUCAAAAGCCCUGUUGAAACUGCUCUCAACUAUAUCACCCAUCUAUCUCAGGUGUGCAUGUUCCAGAAGGGCCAGAUGGAACUUUUAGUUUCUUUCUACAAACGCAAUGCUUCAAAAGCAGAGGGAGCUCUUCAGGAAGCUCACCAGAAGCUAACUAUCCAGGAAAAGAAUUUGGAGGCGAUACGGAGAGAGAACAGGGAACUGAAGAAAAAGUGUAACAACAUGAAGAAAUUCAUUUCAAUUUGCUGCAGAAACAGCACUCCAAGGCCAGUCGGUGUCACACACCCAUCACCCAGAGUUACACCACAACCUAUUUCCCAGCACUCCAGUGAGGUAGUCAGUCGCUCAUCUUCCAUGGAUGCCAUCUCUUCCAGAAUCAGCCAGCUAUCAAACUGGCAAGUGAGUCUCCACCACUUCUGUCCUUUACCUAGAAAAGGAAAAGAUAAGAUGGAUAUGUUGUUUUUGAUCUUCAAAAACUCAGUGACACAGAGAAUUCUGAGAACCAGGAGCCAUUAUAAUAUUAAAAAGCUGAGAUUUCUCACUUAUACCCAGCAUGUCACAGGAUCCACUAGGAUGACCCCAGCUGACUCUAUAAAUGCUACUCCUUCUCCAGGUUCCACUCAAAGUUUAUUCUUCAGGGCGUCUCCUGCCUUUUCUCACACUUCCAGCAUGAAUGUCAACUCACACACCCCUAUGGUGAGGCAAAAUCAAAGUGCUAGGCAGCAACAAGAAACCCCAUGCUUCAACCUCAACAUCUUCUCUGAUCAGACAGAGGGGGUUUCUAUCCCAGAACAUCGUAGCAUUGAGAGACUACGGCCUAUACAGCUGAGAUUCACCCCUCGCUCCUUUCACUGCAGAACAUUAAGAAAGCAAUAUAAAGAAAGCAGCACUUUGCCGCAGAGACAUGAAGUUUUGCAAAACUUAAUUUUUUAAAGCUAAAUGUGU